AUGCUUUUAGUUAUUCAUAGUAUGCUUUUCAUUACGCUCCUUCUGUUUCCAAAGUUGGUGUUCGGCGGCCUGCUACAUCCACAGGAAUGGGAUGACACAUCAAAUGACGGAGAAAAAUGUUUCUCGAUGGACCUUAUUAAUAAUAAUGACCACUAUUUAGCUGAGAUUGAAGUAGGAACUCCCCCUCAGAAACUCAAAGUAUUAUUUGACACAGGUUCAGCUGAUCUAUGGUUCCAGAGUUCAGAUAAUGAAUACUGUGCUGCUUCCUAUCCGCAAGGCGAUAAUAGUACCAACACUAACGAUAAUGAACAAAAUAUGGCUAGCUUCUGUUCAUCUUCAAGGACAUAUAAUUUUCAGCGUUCAUCCACAUUCACUCCUACAGGCUAUAAAUUUUUUAUAGACUACGUGAAUACAUUUUCUCGUGGAAUUUGGGCCAAGGAUAGGUUAGUGAUCGGUAACGCAGAUGUUAGCGGCUUACAAUUUGGAGUUUCCAAUAUAUCCAACACAACUAUUAAUGGUAUUCUAGGAGUUGGAUACGAACGUUUAGAAUCAGUUAAAGGUUAUUCUGGUGCUCCGAACAGAACUUACCCUAAUUUACCGAUGUUACUAAAGGAAAGUGGUAAAAUCGAUAAAGUUGCAUAUUCUGUAUUCCUGAACCAUUUAAAUUCAAAUGUUUCAACGGUAACAUUUGGUGGCGUCGAUUCAGAAAAGUACACUGGGGAUUUGUAUAAAUUUCCCUUAGUCAACAUUUACAAAUCAAUUCCUCGCCCUAGUAAAUUUCAUAUCACUUUGCAGGCUCUAGAAGUUCACGGAAACUACUCAUCUUUGAACAAGACUGUUUCAAACACACCAUUACCUGCACUAUUUGACACCGGAACCAAUGGUAUGGUAGUUCCGCCUAAUGUUGCGGAAAACAUUGCCUCCACUAUACAUGCAACUUUUGAUGAGAAGUUUAGUCUUUAUCUAUUCGCCUGCCCUGCAGAAGAAGAUGACACUAAGCUUGUGUUCGAUUUCGGUGAUAUUCAGAUCGAAGCUCCAUUGGCCAACUUUAUUGUACCAGCUGCUGAACUAGGUACAGAGCAAUGUGGUGUUGCCAUAAUACCUGAGGAUGGAACUUUUACUCUUGGUAUUCCUUUUUUGAGAUCAACGUACGUUGUGUACAACUUAGAAGAUUACGAGGUAGCAUUAGCGCAAGCUAAUUGGAAAUGGGAUGGCAAAUCAAAGAUUACACCGAUUAUUAGUAAUAUUCCAGGUGCUACUCAAGCUACAGCGACCCCAUGGAAUACUAAUAUGGAACAAUCUACCGACAGCAUUUCUUCGACGUUUGGAAUAACUGAUAUUUCACCUUCUACUAUGUAUCCAACUGGAACUCAGACGACUACAAUUUCCGAUCAUAUCACAAAAUACACAGUAGAGCCCCUACACUCACCUAAUACAUUAACUUUUACAAAUAUUUCACCAACUUUAACCUCUCAAGUUUCUACAGUGUUUAUCGUGACAACCACCGUAACAGCAACUACAACAAUUACACUGUCGCAUUGUCAGAAAAGAAUAUGA